GUUGCUGUACUUAGCCAGACAAUAGUUUGGUAGCAAAGCAGUCAGUCCCGUCACUAACAGGUGAAAGUCUGCUCUACCAACUUUUAUUUUCCACUCCGCAAUGGCAUCAUCUGCUAUGAUCACCGUCCCCACCACUGCAUCCCGCUUCGCCCUGCUACAGAUAGACUCAGAUUCGGACUCUGAUACGUCCGAGCCGGGGAAGAGCAGCACCAAAAGCGCACGGGAAUCCUCCGGGAAGCCCCGGCAGAGGAAGGCAGGGACACCCGGGGCAAAAGCGACUCAGGGCAACGACAAGAAGAAGGAGAAGAAAAAGAAGAAGAAGGAACAGCAGCAGAGUGAAGCAAAUGAGUUGCGUAACCUGGCCUUCAAGAAGAUUCCGCAGAAGUCUUGUGUCCCACCUUCCUCUAUGACACUGUCAGGAAUAGCAAGUGAUCUUCUCAGCCCUUCAUCAGAAGCCUCGAGCGUACCAGCAGGAGGGUGGCAGCAAUGGAAGCAGAGGGAUGAGCAGAUGACCACUGAAUUAUACGAAGCAGACUUGGAAAAGGCCUUGAUUUUAAGUAAAUUGGAGUUUGAACAACAAAAAAAGAGCAACACAAACGCGUCCUCGCCCAAAUCACGUGGAGGAAAAGAGGGCGGAGGAAAAGAGGGCGGAGGGAAGAAGGACAAAAAGAAGAAUCAGCAGGCUAAAGAAAAAAAGACAGUUUCUCUGCAGGACUUCCAGGCUGAAGGCAGUUUAGAACAUUCAUGUAAGAAACAAGAAAAAGAGGAUCCUAAAGCAGCCAACACGGCACUAGGAACUGGUCAGGACGAGAAAUUUUUUAAUGAACUGGAAGACGACAUCACUCGGAUUAUCCAGCGGGAAAAAAGACGUGAGCAGUACAAUACCAGCCAGGGACAAGAAGUAAACACAUCUACAGAACAUGAACCGGACCCAAGAGCAGAGCAGCUGAAAUAUGAUCUCGAGAAGAAAGACAAGGAAAUAGUAGCGCUAAAAAAGACAAUAUCACAGUGGGAGGUGAAAUACAGAGAGGUGAAAGCUAGAAAUUCCCAGCUGCUUAAGAUGCUCCAACAGGGAGAGAUGAAAGACAAAGCAGAAAUCCUUUUACAGGUAGAAGAGCUACUAAAUAUAAAAGAAGAACUUUCAUCACAGGUAACAUUACUGCACGCUGCCCUUGAACAAGAAAGAUCUAAAAUCAAAGGUCUGCAGUCAGAACAACCGAGACAUCAGGGUAACAGAAAAGGGAGAAAAGGCUCAGAAAUGGAUGUAUGAAGGUUUCUGAAGGAAAAGACCUGCAUAGCAAAGUUGAACAAGCAGACAAGCAUAUGAAGAAAACAACUGCUCAUCAGGUUUCUUUUUCCCUCUUUCUUUUAUGGCUUGAAUUCUGUGUCGGCAUAAAAUGCAUGUCCCUUUACAUACACACAAGAAAUGGCUAUGUUUGAAGGUUUUGUUGAAAUGUUGGCUUGGUACUCGGUGCUGCCACCUGUAGGCACAUGAGUGCCAUUGCAUAUCUGUUGAAGGUUGAUUGCUCGCCCGACUGGUUCUUUUGUUUUAAUGCCAACAUGUUUUACUUAGUUUGCCUUUCUUUUUUCACUGUUAAGUAAAUAAAAUGCUUUUUCGGUGAAAACAA